AUUGAUUAAUACGGUUAAAUGCAAAAUCAUAAUCUGAAUUAAGAAGUAUAUUUUAUCAUUUCAUCAUGUUUUAGUAAACAAAAUAUCUUGCUUGAAUGAGAUCGCGUCCAGUGAAAUCAAAUCCGAUGAAUAAUUGUUUCAGAUGAAUAAUUGCUUGUUAUUUUGCACUUGUUGUCAUGCACUUGAAAGUUGGCCAGAUGGACAUAUUUGUGUAUUUGCUUUGAGGAUGCACUGUGUGGACACUGACAAACAUCUGGAGAGCUCAGGGGUCCUCCACAAGCCCCCUGAUGAAGAGCUAUGUGAGGAGGAAAUGGACACAUCAGAAGCAAAGUGGCACUGGUUUUACCUUGCCGAGUGUGGCGUCUGGCAUAUGUUUGAAGAAGUUCCAAGCACAGGUUGUUCUGUCACCAAUGAGCAAAUUGAGCAAAGCUACUGCAAGAAUCAGCAUGCUUCAAUGGACUUCUAUACUGCUAAAUAUACCUAUAAAUUAGACUUUUCUGCUAUGAAACAAGUCAAUGUGACUACUGGAAAAGAAAGGCCAAUCAAAAGGGCAUUGCAAUCAGCUACUGACUUCAGAUUUAUCUGUGAUAACCCAGCCCUUCCUGUACCCAGCCACUGGGAAAGAGUUAAUACAGAGGAACCCUAUCAGCUCAUUGCUCUAUGCAGAGAUACCUUUGAGUACAAAGAAGUGGCCCGGUUAUAUGAAAGAACCAUGAGCCAGCCCAUCAGAUCCAUUCAGAGAAUACAGAACCUGGACUUGUGGGAGUUUUUCUGCAGGAAAAAAGCCCAGCUGAGAAAGAUAAAACGUGUCGUAAACGUUGAAGAAAAGAUGCUUUUCCACGGAACUGGCCACAGUAACAUACAGGCUAUAUGCACAUAUAACUUUGAUUGGCGUCUCACAGGAAGUCAUGGUGACGUCUAUGGCAAAGGAAGCUAUUUUGCACGUGACGCAAGGUAUUCCAGCAAGUUUUGCCAUUCGACUAGCAAGCAUAACUUUAUCCUACAGAAGCACGGUUUAGCGCCCGCUAUUUUCCAGAGUGACCCACCUUACAAGUGCAUGUUCCUUGCACGGGUUCUAGUUGGGGAAUACACACUGGGUCACCCCCAGUACUGCAGACCUCCUUCUAAAGACAUGAGCAUUGCCAACUUUUUCGACAGCUGUGUGGAUGACAUGAUGAACCCUAAGAUCUUCGUUAUAUUCGACAGCAACCAGAUCUAUCCGGAAUACCUAAUUGAAUUUUGCUGAUGUCAAAGAUCAAAAGAAAAUCAGCAUAAACAGUUAACAGCAUUUCAUUCUUUUAUUCUGAAGAACUUACUGUACCGUGGAGUUGUGGAAGCUAUAGAGCAGAGUGCUGUAACAGUGCUGAGGCCAGUUACUGCAAAAGUGCCUUUGGUGAAAAACUAUGAAAUAUAUAACAAUAUACUGUGACUAGGGGGCUAAGAAAAAAAAGUAUACAUGGGUAAUAUAUUUAUAGUUUAUAUGGAUUUUAUCAACUUUUGUUGUAUUAUUACAUUUAUUUAAAUGUUCCACUAGGAACCGGUUUUUCUCUUUAUCCCAGCCAUUUUAUUUAUCAUUUGAAAUUUGCUUCCAUACAAGAUGCCAUAACUUGUAUUAUUUACUUUUGUAAUAUCCAGAAAUCAUGCCUUGUAGAAAAAAAAUGGCAGAAAGUGAUUCCAUAAAGACUGGGUACUCAA